AUGCUCGGCCAACCCAUUGCUCGCCGUCUGGCCCAACGGACCUGCACGACUUGGAGACUCGACAAGGCAGCGUGGUCACCGCCGUUGCAGCCGCCAAGUAAGCAGGCUCGGCGAUGGCAACACCCGGGCACCGCUGCGACCAACAGUCAAGGCGACUCGAGAGGUGCAGCCGGGUGGGCACUGCGACGAGGCCUCUUCUACUUCAUAUUCGGGCUCGCAUUCAGCACCAUCGGAGCCUACGGCUCAUGGCACACCCUCAAGAGGCAGGGGCUGGGAUUCUACUCGGACGAAGAGAGCCUGAAGCGAUUCACGCCCGAAGAGGCCGAUGCCGAGGCGCGACGAAUCGAAGACACAAUCAACAAGCUCCCCCUGGUGGCGGAGCAGCGUCGGCGCCCGGAGAUGGUCGAGUCGCGACCGCACCUGAAGAUGCCCGGCCAGUAUCGAGCACGAAGCCUCACGGGGAGCGCACUGACCGGCCCCGGCAAGGUCCCCGUGCCGGCGUAUGCCUGGGUCGAGAAGGGCGGCAAGUCGCUCGUCUCGGUCGUCUACGUCGGGGAAGACCUGUGCGGCCACCCGGGCAUCGUCCACGGCGGGUUUCUGGCCACGAUGCUCGACGAGGGCCUCGCGCGGUGCUGCUUCGCCGCCCUGCCGCACAACAUCGGAGUGACUGCCAAUCUCGACAUCAACUACCGCAAGCCCACGCCCGCAGGCAGCUACCUGGUGCUGAGAGCCGAGACCACAAAGGUGGAGGGCCGCAAGGCCUGGGUCAGGGGGCACGUCGAAUCCGUCCCGGCGCCGGGAGAGGAGCCCACGGUGUACGCCGACGCGACGGCCUUGUUUGUCUCUCCCAAGUAUGCAGCGAUGAUGCCGAGGAUUACUUGA